UCAGAGGUACUUUCAAUUUCUCAUCUGCCAUGCAGACAAAGGGGAGAGGGGUUGCAAACGAAGUAGCCUUUGGUCCUUUUGUUACUUGGGUGUGGAAAGUUGGGGUUUUCCUUUUGGUUUAGUUCUAGAAAGACUGUGAGUCAGUUUUAGGUUCAUUGCCACCAGAGCCCAUUCUCUUGCCUCAGCACUUCCACCUUCUGUCCUGGGCUGGUUACUUAUCUCCUUGUGUUGUCGUUGUCUGAUUAGUAAGAUGCCAUUGUAAAGAGUAUUCCCCUUGAGGGUUGCUGAGAGGGUUCAAGUAGCCAAAGUGACUAAACAGGGUCUGGCCGAGACCAAAAGCUCUGCAAUAGUCAGGAAUUCUGAAAGGGAAGUAAGCACUUUUCCUGCUUCUUAAUUUAAUGCAGGGUCACCACAUCAGGGAAAAGAGCCCUCCCUUGUGACCUCCCAAGCUUUGGAUGUCCUUAGUCUUGGUGGGCCAGCUAGGCUGUGGGAAGCCCAAAAGAAGUUAAAGCCAAAGAGGACUUAAAUAUGCCCAUCGCCCCCUCAGGAAUGGAGAAUGGAAGGGAGGGAGGCAGGGCCCUGUGUCUGGCCUGUUGCUGUGAAGAGAACAAGUGAGGCCAAAGGACCUGGGUGACUAUGCAGGUGGGUGGAAGGUCACAUGGGAGGCUGGUCCUCUGCACACAACUCCCUCGCUGUGCUUCCCGUCUAGGUCCUAUUUAGGGACAGGAGCACUAGGCUGGGGUAGCACAUGGACUCCCACAGAGGCGAAGCUCAGGUCACUGGUGCGGGGUUCUGGGGUGGAGAUACCGCGACCACCUGAGGCUGGGUUCCCGGACCGCCCAGGGCAGGAAUGGAGUGCAAUCUCCGGGAAAUUCGGGAGGACCGGGAUUACAGCAGGAUGCCACGUACCACCAGGAGCAGAGCCCCUCCAGAGUGAGCCCCUCCAGAGUGAGCCAAAGGGCCGCCCCCGAAGUGUGCACCAGUCAUGUUAAGGAAGAUCCUGCGCCCGCCCGCCUGGUGCUCACAGCAUGGCCCCGAACCCUGGGCGGUGCUGACACUGCGCUGGGCAGUUGUGAGAGCUGGGGCCAGGCCUCUACACCCUGCGCCCUGAACUGGCUGUAAAGUCAGGUGGCCUACUCCUGGGAUCUGUUCCGGCUCCCACCGGCCCGCCUGUUUUUUCACCUCUGGCUUAGGAACUCCAGCCUCACCUGAUCUCCAAAUGGACCCCAGCUGCUCCUGCGCCACUGGUGGCUCCUGCACCUGUGCCAGCUCCUGCAAAUGCAAAGAGUACAAAUGCACCUCCUGCAAGAAGAACUGCUGCUCCUGCUGCCACGUGGGCUGUGCCAAAUGUGCCCAGGGCUGUGUCUGCAAAGGGGCAUCGGAGAAGUGUAGCUGCUGCGCCUGAUGUUGGGACAGCCCUGUGCCCAGAUGUAAAUAACACAACCCCUGCAAACCUAGUUUGUUUUUUAAAUACAAACCUAACCCAUUCACUAUGUCUGUUUUCUUAAGUGAAAUAUGGGAAUGAUAAUAAACACUGUUGGCCUUA